AUGUUGGUGAUGCGUAGACUGGGCUACCAAUGUCCGCCAAACUACAACCCGGGUGACUUCUUCAUCAACACCCUUGCCAUCGUCCCGGGAGCGGAGGAGGAAUGUCGUAAUCGGGUGGCCCGGAUCUGCUAUGCGUUCAAAGUCUCGGAAGAUGGGAGGGCGAUGGAGAAGGAAGUGGAGUUAUGCAGCGACGAGGCGUCCAAGGCGAGCCCGAGCGACAUGGAAGACACCAACCGGAACGAGAUGGCUUUCAAAUACAAGGCGUCCUGGUUCGCCCAGUUUCGUGCUGUUGUUGCUCGCUCGUGGACUGCCAACCUUCGAGAACCUUUUGUGAUCAAGCUUCGUCUCUUCGGGACCGUGGUGUUCUGCGAAGAGCUACCCAUCUUCUUACGGGAACACCAGAGCAGAAUGUACAGAACCGACGUGUAUUUCAUCGGAAAGACGGUGGCAGAAAUCCCGUUCUUCAUCCUCUCCCCCAUCCUCUUCACGGCGAUCGCCUACUACAUGAUCGGCCUCAACGAAUCCUUCGAGCGCUUCCUCGUCUGCAACGUCAUCAUGGUCAUCGUCGCGAACGUGUCCUGCUCCUUCGGGUACAUGAUCUCGUGUAUGGCCAGCACAAUCGCCAUGGCGUUAGCAAUAGGUCCCCCCUUUGUCAUUCCGGUCAUGAUGUUUGGUGGCUUCUUCCUCAACAAUGACUCAGUCCCAGUGUACUUUCUGUGGCUGAAAUACAUCUCGUGGUUCUACUACGGGAACGAGGCCCUCAUGAUCAAUCAGUGGGAGGACGUCAGGAAGAUCGACUGCGGGAGGACCGUCGGAUGCCCUCCGAACGGGGAUGCCGUCCUCGACUCCCUCAACUUCGACAAGGCAAGGAUUCCCCAGCCGCUUUUUCUUCUUCUCGCUGACUUUUUGACGAAUCUCGGGGUUCUCGUGCAGAACAAUAAGACCAGGGACCUGAUGCUGCUGCUGGUCCUGAUGGCAGCGUUUCGCUUCAUCGCUUUCUUGGCCCUCUACGUCCGAGCUUAUCGGAGGAAGUGA